AAAUCCCUACUUCCAUCUCAUUCUCCUUCCUUAAUCCCCCGUUCUCGACUCGCCGUCGUAAUGGCCGCCACUUCCGCCGCCACCUCCUCCUUCAUCGGAACACGCCUCGCCGACGUGCGGUCAAGUUCCGGCCGAGUCCAAGCCCGAUUUUCAUUCGGCAAAAAGAAAAGCCCGGCGAAGAAAUCGCCUUCGUCAAAGCAGAUUCCCGACCGACCUCUAUGGUUCCCCGGAGCCAAGGCGCCGGAAUGGCUCGAUGGAAGCUUGGUCGGCGACUACGGAUUCGAUCCGUUUGGAUUGGGGAAACCAGCAGAGUAUCUGCAAUACGAUUUGGACUCGUUGGAUCAGAAUCUGGCGAAGAAUGUGGCUGGAGAUCUAAUAGGGACGAGAUUUGAGAACUCCGAAGUGAAAUCGACGCCGUUUCAACCGUACACGGAGGUUUUUGGGUUGCAGAGAUUUCGUGAGUGCGAGCUGAUCCAUGGAAGAUGGGCGAUGCUAGCAACCCUCGGCGCUCUCACCGUCGAAUGGCUCACCGGCGUCACUUGGCAAGACGCUGGAAAGGUAGAAUUGGUGGAAGGGUCAUCGUACCUCGGGCAGCCGCUUCCGUUCUCGCUCACGGCAUUGAUCUGGAUCGAAGUUCUGGUGAUCGGAUACAUCGAGUUUCAGAGGAACGCGGAGCUAGAGCCGGAGAAGAGAUUGUACCCUGGAGGGAAGUUUUUCGACCCGCUGGGGUUGGCGGAGGAUCCGGAGAAGAAAGCUGUUCUUCAACUGGCUGAGAUCAAACACGCUCGCCUCGCCAUGGUUGCCUUCCUUGGGUUCGCUGUUCAAGCUGCUGUGACAGGGAAAGGGCCGCUCAAUAACUGGGCGACCCAUCUCAGCGACCCCCUCCACACCACCAUCAUUGACAACUUCUCCUCCUCUUCCUAACCUCUUCUCUACUUCCUAAGCAAUUUCACCCAGUAGUUUCAAUGCCAUGAGUUUGUAACUAUUUUCAUUCCAAAUUCGUAUGUCAAAUUAUGUAUUCAUAAC